AUGGCGGCGGAAGUUGCAUGCGCGAUCAGCAGCAGCAGCGGCUGCUGCCCCAGCGAGAACGUCGAAGGCGGGGCUGCAACAGCAGCAGCAGCAGCAGCAGGCGCAGCAGCAGCAGCAGCAGCAGCUUCUGCUGCUGCAGCGGGGGCUGUGGGGGACUUUGCGGGGACUUUGGGGAAGCUGCGGUCGCUGCUGCGGCGCAUGCACUACCCCGCCGCAGCAGCAGCAGCAGCAGCAGGCAGCGAGUGGUGCAGCAGCAGCAGCGAGCAAGCAGCAGCAGCAGCAGGGGCCCUCCCGUUGCUGCUGCCUAUUCUCCAUUUUGCUGUUUGCGACUUCAGCGCAAAUGUUAAUUUCUUUUUGCAAAGCAGAGGCUUUCAUUUUCUCUUCAAGUCUGACAAACGCUUCGUAGAAGAAGUUUGGAAAUUCCUACAUCUGGAGCAGCGGCCGCUGCUGCUGCUGCUCCUGCAGCACCACUAG